GGGCCCCGCGCCCGCCGGCCCUGCCCAUGUCGGACGUGCUGGCCGCCGCCGCCGGCUCCCGGUUCGAGCCCCCGGCCGCCGGGGCGCUGGGCGGCUUCAGCGGCCCUGAGCUCUCCUCAGAAAAUGAAGCCGCAGCCCAGAGGACGGAGCCCGCAGAGCAGCGGGGUGACGGCUCGGAGCGCAGCGCCUCGCCGUGCGGGUCGCAGAUAGGGUCACCUGUGAGUGCAGACACGACAGAGGAUUCCAAGGAAGGCAGUUGCACUGUGGAGGACCAGAAAGUGGCUGAAGCAGAAGAGAAACUGCCUGACCAAAUCCAGUCCACCAAAGAGGAAGCUCUUGCUCGAAUGACCAAGUACCACAUACAUCAAGGAGCAGGAGAUAUAGUCAUGAUUCAAUCAGAUCACACUGGUGCUGUGGAUAUCCUUUCAGCUGAGCUGGAAACUGCAGACCUCCUUGGGGAGCAGAGAAAAGCUCAGCCUCCCCCUCUGGCUCCACCUACUACAUGGACCACAGGGAAGAUGAAGGAAUUCAAAGCCAAGAUGGGAAAGGAGAAGAGUGCUAAGAUGGUGGUGAAACGAGGCGAGGUGGUGACAGUCCGUGUGCCAACCCAUCCUGAUGGGAAACGUGUUUGCUGGGAGUUUGCUACAGAUGAUUAUGACAUUGGAUUUGGAGUCUAUUUUGACUGGACCACUGUUACUAGCACUGCCAUUACUGUUCAGGUCAGCGAAUCCAGUGAUGAGGAGGAUGAAGAGGAGGAAGAGGAAAUUGAAGGACUUGCCCCUGUUGGUGAUGUGGAAAGGGGCUCCAAAAGCUAUCUGCGGAACCGCUAUGGAGAAAUCAUGCCUGUGUAUCGAAGGGACAGCCAUCGGGAGGUGCAGGCAGGCAGCCACGAAUACCCAGGCGAGGGCAUCUACCUGCUGAAAUUUGAUAACUCAUACUCUCUCCUCCGCAAUAAGACUCUGUUCUUUCACGUCUUUUACACUAGCUGAAGGGAUGGGAAGGGGCAGGGACGGCAGACAGGAGGUGGUGAGCAUAGCAGGCUGCCGCCCAGCCCUGAUACUCCCUGAUGGGCACUUCUGUGUGACAGAACAAAGGCACAACUCUGCUAGCAGCUCUUCAGACACGACCUGGUUUCUCCCCACACCUUUCUUCCCAGCUGUCCCGGUGGAGAAGGGUGGUUGUGACUGGUUAUCCACAGGCAGCUGUUAUUUCUAUAAAACUAUGGGAGUCCUGCUCUUGUAGAUAUUGUGUUGGGCCUUCAUCACAGCCAGUAAAUGCCCAGAGGCCAGGUGCAGCUGGCCUUGGUUUCUUUCUGUUGCAGUGGUACAAAAUGAAGUCAAAAUAUUCUUCAUCUGUUGCUGUUCUGUAAAUCUUCAGGCUCUUCUGCUCUAUCUGAAUCACUAGAGGGCAGCUGUCAGCUGCAGGCUUGUCACCAAACCACUGGCAGUCUUAUCACUUACCACCACUACGUGUCACCAGCUGCCGGUGCUUCCUUCGUUCCUAUAUGUGGGGAUGCAGCAUGGCCAUGCUAAAACAGCCAGCUCCAACCCACGGUACCCAUGUGUUAGAACAGAGUGUGUGGGGCUGGGGAGGGGGGGGUGCAUAAAUAGAAGUUCAUAGGAAAAUUUUCCUGUGGAUCAAGAAUUAGGUGUUGCAUCUGUAGAUUAUAGAGAUAUAAAAGUUAUGAUUAAAACUCCAGUGACCACAAAGUUUUUUUUUUCUGCAGUCCAGGUGUAAAACAGAAGAAAUGGUUUACUGCUGUAUUGAAUAAAUAUGAAAAAGCUGGGAUGCAACCAAGAAAUAUACAAGAAAUGUUUCUUUGUAGCAGCGUGUUGAUUCACUGGUAUUGCUGCCAUAAUAGUUGUAUAAUAGCAUAUAUAGGAAGGAAGAUGCUCCCAAGGGAAGCAUACAUUCUCAGCUGCUAUUGCUGUUACAAAGGUAUUGUUGCAAAAAGAACAGAAACUCGAAAGGGGUGGAAUUUACCCAAUCCUUUCUGUAAACCAGAAUGAGCAAGGCCAUUGCUAGCCCUGAUCGUGUGGUGAAGGAUAGAGUUCCUUGGCAUGUUUCAGUGGCUAGUGGUGGCACUUCCUGCUUGAGUAUUGGCAGAGUUGAACAAGGAUUACGUUAAUCCUUCAGAGAUGAGUUUCAAAUCACAUUUAUCAGCAGCUGUUGUUUAUGUUAAUACUUCUAACUUAAAAUCAUGCUCUUUUUAAGAAUAGUAAUGUGUUUACACUUUGAUACCUCUUUGCAGAGACACAGAACGGCUAUUUGCACAGUGAUGCUAGUAGAAUUCUGAGUUUUAUUUUUAAAUCCUCCAGGUAAAGCGCCUCUAUUUAGUCCAUUCCCUUUAUUGAGAGGGAUUGAUGAAGAAAAUGAUUUUGGGGUAGUUAAAGCCAAAGAUUUCACUGUCCUAGGAGGUCUGUAUAUUUCCUCUUAAGGCUAUAUUGUAAUGCUGUGGAAUUUUCUUUAUGUUCCAGCUCUUCUAGCUAUCUCUGAUUACUUAUUCACUGCCCCAGAGCACUUAGUAGGUCAAAAAGCUGUGAGUGUGUGAGUGUGUGAGUGUGAGAGAGAGAUGUUUAUAGUGGAGCAGCCCAAGCUUGGAGCAGGAAGAAGGAAAACCAGAAAACUGGUUGCUUCCUGGGUGAGCAGGCAGGGAGCAGAGCUGGUCAGGGUAAGGAGUGAGCUGGUGCUACUCUGGGCCCUGAAUUGGAAGCCUUUCUCAAAGGAGAGAGAGAACCUGGCCACAGGGGAGCUGCAAAGCUGUCCCUCAAGCAGUAGGAAACAUAGGGCAGCCUUAUGGCGAGGUAGAACAGUAAGACUUGGUAUCUGCCGUAAUAAAGUGAUCUUUAGUUCAGCAGCCUGGGGAAUAUUAUUCCUUCCUUUUACCCCUCCAGGGAGAUGAAGGACCAUCUUGUGGCCUUUGUACAGCAUUUGAAUCAGGCCUGAGCAACUUGCAUAGGGCUCUUCUUCCCCCCCCCCCCCCCCCCCCCCUCUUUUUUUUUUUAACCCUUUGCCCAUGAAGUUCUUUCUCACUAAGAAGAGGGCGACUUUUCAUUGACCAAACAUGUCAGUGCUGCCCAAUGCAAUGUCUGCCUUUGGUCCUUUCUGCUAUAAUCUGCAGGGCCUGUGUGUACUUGAUAGUUAAUGUAUGAGACACUGUGUGGCACCUCAUCCGCUUUCUAACCAGGAUUUAUUUAUGAUAAAGGGAAUUUUGACCUAUGCAUAGGAUAUACUUGCUACAGUUGCUGAUCCUCAGUUUCACAGCGUACUGUGGAAUACUGUUAUUGCCACUAAGUAAAUGUUUCUCCUAUAAUGUGGCCUCCCUAUUGCUAAUUCACAGCCACUUCACCUCUCACUGUAUUUUGAUCAUAUCCUCAUUCAAAACACAUUUUUUUAAUGUUGUAAGAUGUGAGUAAGGCCUGCCUGACUACCAGUUCUGGUCACUUACUGAAACAAGUAGUAUGUGCAAGUUAGCACGAUAACUUGUUAGUGGUUUUAGUGAAGAUAAGCUGCCUUGUAGAUGGUGAUCCCAUUGCUCAGUUCUAGCUUUCUGAAAUGUGGACCAACCUUUUAAUGGGGCUCAGGUCAUCUGUUUGGAACUGUCCCAUCUCCUAAUCUCACUGACUUAAGCUUAACAGAAGCAUCGAAUCUGGCAUGGUAUCCCAAUCUGUAUGUGCCUGUCCUGCAAAAACACGAUGCCCAUAAACAGACUUGCUGUGGUGGAACUGAAAGUAUCUAGUGUGUAUUAUUUCACUGCUUACUCUUCCUGGAAGCAUGUGGUAUCUCUUACGAACACAAAACAGUUUUUGGCAUAGAAUAGUUCAUCUGCAGGAAACAGAAGCUUUACAGUUGCACAGGAUAAUUACCCUUUGUUUAUUCUUUAACUUCCACAUCACAUAAAUGUUUCCCAGGUGUUAAAGUAUCAUUCGUUAUCGAAGUGACAACUUCUUUUUAGGAAGGAUCUGUAGUCUUUAUUCAUUUUCUGAUGAAUUCCCUAGCUUGGAUGCGUGGCUACUGAUUAACACUGGCCAUUUGCAUUCGAAGUUGAACUCGUAGUAUGUUCAAAGAAGUAAUCUUGUUUCUUGUGUCCUUUUUUCUGCUAUCUGUGUAUUCUGGACUUGUAUCCGAUCCCGCUGUCUGCCGAGGCAGUGGUGGAAGCCCUUCUUGUUCUAAUUAUAAACUAGUGGGACUAGAUAUUGGGUUUAGAAAGAAAAAGUGAUCUUAAAAGGCAUUUUCACUUCAGAGAAGGAAAUUAAUCCUUGAGAAAGGGAAAUUUCUUCUCCAGAAGAAAGACUUAAAAAUGUUUCUUCCUCCAGUAGACUGUAUCUAAAAAUUGAGAAAGCUCCGCUAAGGAAUAAGCUGCUCUACAUUUUGCAGAAUCUUUUUGUCGUCGUUUGUUUGCUUUUGUAAAAGCACAGAAUUGUUUUCCAGUUUGACGUGAAUAUGACUUAGAUCUAACAACAACAUUUUCAUGUUCAGACAGAGACAUAAAACAAUCCUGUGGCGUAGGAUUUGCAUAAAAAUUAGGUUGUAUAAUUGUCUGUUUAUAACAAUGGUAACAAUAUGUUGGGUAUUUUUUAAUGUCAAAUCAGGUAAUAAGCUAUCUGUUGUUUUAUCUUGCUCUUCUCCCCUAGCAGUAGUGUAGCAGCAGGAGUUGAAAGUGUAUGCAUUUCACUGAGGGCUGAGAGUUAAAAUUGCUUAAGUCAGGCACUGCUUGUACUGAUUUAAUUUGCUAACCAACUCUGGAGGCCCAUGUUAAAAGGUUAUUGGUGUCAGAUAUAGGCUAUUCCCAAAGUAAUAUUUGGAACUCAUUUAAUAGUUAUGUACAUUAAUACUACCACUGAGCCACUUACACGAACAGUAAGAUGAAAGUGUGUGCUUAAGGAGAGAAAGAGCUUAACUGACUGACUUGAGGUACUAAGAUGAAAGUUGAGUUACUAUGCAACAGCCUGAAAGGUUGCCACAUUCUUUUCUUUUUGGUCCUAUCCUGUGGGCUGUCUCCUUGUAACUGUGUGCAUAUAGCCAUGUAUGGCCUGCAGUGGAGCCAGUUGUGCUGCUGGAUGUGGUGGGGUAGACUGGAGGUGACCAUUGUCACAUGUCUAGUUGCUGAAAGAGGUACUUGUUCUUGUGUGCUGGAAACUGGGGGUAGAGAAUGGGUUCACUUUGUCUCCACUGCUUAUACCCUUCCUUUUUGUCUUACUACCCCCUAGUACACUUUGCAGAGGAUUUAUCACAAAGUGCCUUAGGAGGUAGGAGCAUGUCUGAAGUAAGAGCCACAGAUGGCAUUAAUCCAAGGGUUUUCUUCUCCUUGUUUCUCUGCCUAUUUGAGUAGAGAGGAGGCACUAAGAUCGAGCAAGGAGAGAGUCCUGGUUGGCUGUCCUGGGGAUUUAAGCUGUUCAUUAGUCUUCCUUGUUGCUGUAAGAUGAGUAGUAGAAUUGUUAGAGUUUUCCGGCACCAUGGGAUCUUUGCCUUUAGAAAGAAAUCAUAAGCUGCUGCAAAAUAUUCUGGAACACCAAAGGAUGAUUACUUCUGAUAUUCUGAUGGUAAGCCUGAGGACCAGAGAAACAGCAGACAGACAUAAAUAGCAUUCCUUGUGGCCAUUCAUCAUUUUAGCAAAGUGAGUCCAGUGUUGAGUGGUGUGUGCUUGUGUGUAUUGAGAUUGGAUGAGAGACCAAAGCAACAAAGGGGUUUUUGGUCUGCAAAUAAGAGAGAAAUGGCUUUCUCCAUUUCUUGUACCUGGAGAUAAUAAUGGAAUAUCUGAAUUGGAAGAAGGGAAAACUGUGAACUGAUCUUGUUAAAUACAUAAGCCAAUUAGGCUUUAUUUAAUUCUAAUUAAUCUAAUUCUAAUGAGAAGCCACAAGUUUAUCAGGAGUCCAAGUGUGAAGUCACAUCGUUAGAUAAAUUAGUAAACACUUACUAAAGUUUUAGAGUGAACAUCAAACGGCAGAGUCCAAACUCAUCUUGCUAGGCAGAGAAUUUCCUGUACAACUAUCCUGCAUUUGCCUCCAAACAGUCUCUGGCAUUUUAUUCCAAAAACACUCGUGCUGUUACAGCUGAAGACAGAACAUCAGGCUGAAUGGAUGCAUCUGUGGUUUGUCAGUAAGGGCUAUCUGGUUUAAGCCCAUCUGGACUGGUGAGUGAAGUCUCUUAGGCAUGAAGCUGGAUGCCAACCAUUGAGCUCAGAGCUAAAGAGGCUUUGCCUGACUUUUAAGUCUAGAAGCUGUUCUUGGAAACUGAAUAGUUGGAGAUGAUCUUCCUGUAACUUCUUGAGUGCCUGAGUGACUCACUGCUCUCCUCAGAGUGAAGCAAUCUGCUCUCAAGUCCCUUCUCCAAGCUGCUAACGUAGUCUUUCAGUGGAGAGUGUCUUGUAGGUGGUCAUCCUUUUUUUUUCCCAGACAUAUAUUGUAAAUUGUGACAGCUGUCUCUAAGUUCUUAUUUAUGUGAUGUGAAUACACUUUGUUGUCCUGGAACCUCAAAAUUCAUUUGUCUGUACCAACCUGUUGCUUUUCAUCUCCUCUGAAGAAAUUAGUUUUAAAGGGAGGUUACUUCAACAAGAUGUGGCACUGAAUCUCUUGCUGAAGGGCACAUGUGAAUAUUUAUAGGGUGUUUGCUUUCCUUCCAGGCUUGGUUUGUAUUGUUUAUAUUCGAUGUGUUGUGGCUGAUUUGUAAUAUAUUGAAAGUUAUUCCCUUUAAAUAAACUUUUCACUAUGCAAUCACAA